AUGUCGAGCUUGAGACCGCUGUGCCAUGCGCAACGAUACAGCAUCAAGGCUGAAGCUGCUUCUGCGGUGAAGCCUCUGGGACUGGAUGCUUCAAAACUCACCAUUGAGAGGACGGGAAAGCCCAAGGGACUUAGCAAGCCUGAGACCCUUGUGUUUGGAAGAGAAUUCACAGACCACAUGCUUGCGAUCGAAUGGAAUCAAGACGAAGGAUGGCUGGAGCCCAAGAUCACCCCUUACCAGAACCUCUCCCUCGACCCUGCGACAUGUGUUUUCCACUACGCCUUUGAGUGCUUCGAGGGCAUGAAGGCCUACAAGGACAAGAAUGGCAAAGUGCGACUCUUCCGACCCGAAAAGAACAUGUCUCGACUCAACAAGUCUGCCGCCCGUAUUGCGCUUCCCACUUUUGAGACCCAGGACUGCAUCGACCUCAUCUCCAAGCUCGCCAACCUCGACGCUCGCUUCAUCCCCGACAAGCGAGGAUACUCGCUAUACCUGCGCCCCACCAUGAUCGGAACUCAAAAGACGCUGGGCGUUGGUCCUCCCGGCUCCGCUCUCCUCUACGUCAUUGCGUCACCUGUCGGUCCCUACUAUCCUACCGGCUUCAAGGCCGUUUCUCUCGAGGCCACUGAUUACGCUGUUCGUGCUUGGCCUGGUGGUGUUGGUGACAAGAAGCUGGGUGCAAACUAUGCGCCCUGCAUCGUUCCUCAGCUCCAGGCUGCCAGCCGUGGUUUCCAGCAGAACCUCUGGUUGUUUGGCGAAGAGGAGUACGUUACCGAGGUCGGCACCAUGAACAUGUUUGCCGUUCUUAAGGACAAGGAGACUGGCCAGAAGGAGCUUGUGACAGCUCCUCUUGACGGUACCAUCCUCGAGGGUGUCACUCGCGACUCUGUGCUCGACCUGGCUCGUGAGCGUCUUGUUCCUGAGGGCUGGAAGAUCAGUGAGCGCAAGUACACCAUGAAGGAACUCGCUCAAGCCUCCAAUGAGGGCCGUCUGCUCGAGGCCUUUGGCACUGGAACUGCUGCCAUUGUCAGCCCUAUCCGAAACAUCUCAUGGAAGGGCAAGCUCGUCGACUGCGGUCUUACAGAGAGCCAAGAGUCAGGCGAGAUCGCCCUCAGGAUGAAGGAGUGGAUCGAGGGUAUCCAAUAUGGUGACGAGGAGCAUGAGUGGAGUUACACUAUCUAG